GAAAAUUCAAGGAAGGUGAUCUAGAAGCGCGACGACAAAUUGCGAUCCGGCUCCACCUCUCCGCCCAGUCUCCGCUAUAUAAACCUCGGCCGUUCCCAACCUCCUUCCGAAACAAAAUUUCUCCGAAUCAAACCCCUUAAAAUCCCCUUGAAAAGUCCAAACCACAACAUCACGUGACGGCAGCGCAGCACAAACACAAAGAUGCUGCUGCUCAACCCGGCGUGCGAGGCGGCAGCGCUGGACACCAUCCGGCAUCACCUCCUGGACGAGCCCGCGGCGUCGUCCGUGAGCAUGAGCGCGGCGCCGCCGCGGCCGGUGUACUGCCGCAGCACGAGCUUCGGGAGCCUGGUGGCGGACCAGUGGAGCGAGUCGCUCCCGUUCCGCCCCGACGACGCCGACGACAUGGUGGUCUUCGGCGCGCUCCGCGACGCCUUCUCCCGGGGCUGGCUCCCCGACGGCUCCUUCGCCGCCGUCAAGCCCGAGCCCCUGGCGUCGUCCCCGGACGAUGACUCCUCCCCCUACGACCACGGAUCCUAUUCGUACCUUGGUGGUGGCGCGGUUGGCGGCCUUCUUCGCGCGGCGGAGGAGCCUGAGACGCCGACCGAGGCGGCGGCGAUGACGCCCGGGACCGCGAGCGAGGAGGAGGCGGCGGUGGCGGUGGCCGGCAGGGGGAAGCACUACCGCGGGGUGAGGCAGCGGCCGUGGGGCAAGUUCGCGGCGGAGAUCCGGGAUCCGGCCAAGAACGGCGCCCGCGUGUGGCUCGGCACCUACGACAGCGCCGAGGACGCCGCCGUGGCCUACGACCGCGCCGCCUACCGCAUGCGCGGCUCCCGCGCGCUCCUCAACUUCCCGCUCCGCAUCAGCUCCGAGAUCGCCGCCGCAAUCACUGCCGCUGCCCCUGCCCCUGCCGUGGGAGACAAGCGGGCGUCCCCCGAGCCGACCGCGAGCUCCGACUCUUCUUCACCUUCAUCGUCCUCCUCCUCUGGGACACCAAAGCGGAGGAAGAGAGGCGAGGCCGCUGCCGCCACCAUGGCCAUGGCCCUUGUCCCGCCCCCGCCGGCGCAGGCUCCCGUCCAGCUGACCCUCCCGGCCCAUCCGUGGUUCGCCGCCGGCCCGGUCCAGCAGCUAGUGAGCUAACUGAUGCUGUAUCAGCGGGGACGUGGUUGAUGGAUUCAGCUCAGUGCAAGAACAGAGCAACAAGAUGCGCAUCAAACACACACACUGCUCCAAGAAACGCGUGUGGUGAGCUCGACGAAAUCGUCAUCAGGAUGUUCCUGGUUCGCAUGGAAUUCGUUCCUCCAUGGUCGCUAGUGUGGUGUUCUGAGAGAAGCUUGUAAUGUGUGGAACCAGAAUCGUGUUUGUGGCGUCACUGGAUUGGAUUCAGAUGAGUUGAAAUCGGAAGCUUCUCUGCGAGAGGCUGGUGGUGGUCCUGGUGCAAAUUUGCAUCAGCAUUUCUAGAAUGGAUAUUAUUUUUUGUUCUUUGGUGUUCAAAGCGGUUCCUUUGAAAUCAGCGGGCUCUAGUUCAUUUGUCUAA